AUGCCCUUUGGGAAGAAUGCGGACGACAGAUAUAAUGAUAAUUCAGCUAUAAAGAUCGGGGGUGUGGUGAAACGAGCGGCACCAAAAGGACCAUUGGCAGAGAAAUGGCUGGCGACGAUGACAGUUGAAAAGGGUACGGAGGAGAUCUAUAUGCACAUUUUGGUGACCUCUGGAUUGAGAUUUGCUAUUUAUAUCAUCGCGCAAAUUGGAGGGAGGAGGGGGGGGGUUUGUGGAGGAGUCAAAAAGGGGGAGACAACAACGCACGAAAAAGGGAUUGUCAGUUCUCAAGAGGUCGCUAGGAGGGAGGGGAGGAGAAGAACGACUGGUCUGUCGACAGUCGACGUUGAGGAUGGCGACGGAGGAGAGGGAGAAGAGGAGAGACGAAGGGAGAGACGAGGAGAGGAAGAACAGAAGCAGAUAAGGAGAGACAAAGAGUGA